AAAAAUAAGAUAAAAGUUCCCAUAUCUCCCCAAACAUUCCUCCCUGCGUGACCCUCCCGAGGCACACCUGACCCCAGCCUCCCCACACCUGCACACACCUGCCAUAUAUGUCCAAGAGGCUGCUAUCAUUCACCAGUCGCCAUAUUAACAAGAGAAUAAGAUUAGACCGGCGCCAGGGUAAGAUGAGGACCCUUGCCCCUACAGCCGCAGAUGGUGCACGGGGGGACCACCUGGCGCCCCCUCCCUCCCCACACCUCCCCGCCACCUGUCACCUGCUGGACACGCCAAUUAAGGGCAGGUGUGACAAGAAGGAGUACAGGGUCAUCAAGCUUGAGAAUGGCCUGACAGCUCUCCUCGUGUCCGACAUCAACAGAAUCCAACACUCCCCUGAAGAGGAUGAGGAGGACGAGGAGGAGGAGGAAGGUGAUUCAGGAGAGUCGGAAGAAGAUGAUGAUGGCGAGGAGGGAGAUUCCGAAGGGGAGACAGAUGACAGUGAAGGGGAGGAGGAGGAGGAAGAACGGGGAGACUGCAGAAGGAAGCCAACGGACACCACUAAGUAUCUGGCCGCAGCAUCCCUGACGGUUGGCGUGGGCAGUUUCGAGGACCCUGAGGACAUCCCGGGCCUGAUGCACUUCCUCGAACACAUGGUCUUCAUGGGCUCGGAGAAGUACCCUAAGGAGAAUGAUUUUGAUUUCUUCAUUACGAAACACGGCGGACACGACAACGCCCACACCGACAUGGAACACACCACUUUCUACUUUGAGGUGCAGGAGCGGAACCUCACUGGCGGCCUGGAUAGGUUCGCGCAGUUCUUCAUCAACCCUCUCAUGAAGCAGGAAGCCAUGGCGAGGGAGAGGGAGGCAGUGCAUAGCGAGUUCCAAAUGGCGUUACCCGAGGAUGCGUACCGGGCCCAGCAGAUCUUUGGGACCUUCGCCGCUGAGGGACACCCCAUGGGGAAGUUCACAUGGGGUAACGAAACCACUCUGAACACUGGGAUCCCCGAUGAGGCCCUACACACAAAGCUUCACGAACUACGGUUGAAAUAUUAUUCUGGGCACUAUAUGACGCUCGCUGUGCAGGCGCGACUCUCCCUCGAUGACCUGCAGGAACUGGUCUGCAAUAUCUUCUCUCAGGUCCCCAACAACAAGCUCCCACGGCCAAGUUACACACAGUUGGAUUAUCCGUUCCCACCUGACAAAUUUCACCGUCUGUGUCGCAUCGUGCCCACCAAGGAGGAGCACAGUGUCGAGGUGAGCUGGGCCCUCCCGUCGCUCCUCGCACACUACCAGACCAAGCCCCUGCACUUCAUCAGUCACCUGCUGGGACAUGAGGGGCGUGGGUCUAUCCUCUCAUACCUCAAGAAGAAGGUGUGGGCAGCCGGUCUCUACUCCGGCAACGAUGAGUCUGGGUUUGAGCAUAACAGCACCUACGCUCUCCUUAGCAUCAGUGUCGACCUCACCGACGAAGGCUUUGCAAAUCUCGAGGAGGUGUUGUGUGUCAUCUUCCAAUACCUGGCCAUGUUGCGGGAGGCCGGGCCCAUAGAGAGAGUCUUCAAGGAGAUACAGCAGAUCGAAAGGCUCAAGUUCGAGUACGCAGAGGAGCUCUCGACGGUGGAGAACGUGGAGAAUUUGUCAGAAGCGAUGCAACUCUACCCCCCUGAACACUACCUCACCGGGGACUGCUUAAAUGAACACUACGACCCCAAGAUCAUCAAGGAGUGCCUAGAUGCAUUGGUUCCCGAGACCUGCAACAUCACCAUCAACUCGAAGACCCAGGAAAGCCGUUGUGACCUCACCGAGAAGUGGUUCGGCACCAAGCACUGUCUGGAAGAUGUCCCUAAGGAGUGGAAGGAGAGAUGGGCCAGCCUCCCCCAAAACCCCGAGCUCUUCAUCACAACGCCAAACCUCUUCAUCCCCGAUAACUUCGACCUCAUAACCCCAGAGAAGGACGUCCCGGAUUAUCCCGAGCGCGUGGUGGAAGAUGAGCGCGGGACGGUUUGGUUCCGGCACGAUGUUAAGUUCCAGCUGCCGAGGACCUACUGUUACGUGUACCUGCUCAAUGAUGUCACGCUGAGGUCCCCGAGAAUGGCGGCGCUGCAAGACCUGUUCCUGCGGUUGUUUGAGCAGCAGGUGAUGGAGGAUGUGUACCCGGCAGCCAUGGCCCAGUACGCCUACUCUCUCAGCAGUGGGGACCAAGGGAUGCUGCUCAAACUUAACGGGUUCAACCAAAAGCUGCCUCAAGUCCUGGACCUCCUUCUGCACCACCUGGAGACCUUCGGCGAGAACCUUGACGAGAUGACCUUCCAGGAGAUGCGGCAGCAGCAGAUGAAGCAAUACUACUGCAGCAUCCUCAAGCCUGACAGGGUGCGAAAUGACCUGCGGCUGUCCGUCCUGCAGGAGGUUCACUGGACGUCACAGCAGAAGCUUCAGGAGAUCAGGACGGCUACCACCAAGGACCUUCUGGAGGAGUACGUCCCUCAUAUUCUCGCCCCUAGUAGCGUGCAGGUUCUGGUGCAGGGCAACACCACCCCUAAGGAGGCCGAGGAGCUGUACCAGAGGGUGAAGAAGAGGCUACGUGACCCGCCCAGCCAGCCACUCACCGAGCUCUGCACCAACGAGCUGGCCGGUGGUGCCUGGACGCUGAGGGCCAGGGCCGCCAACCCCUCCAACACCAACAGCUCAGUCAUCAACUAUUACCAACACAAACAGGGAUCGCUGAAGCUGGAGGUCCUGCACGAGUUCAUUGAUAUGGUGAUGGAGGGCCCAGUGUUCGACCAGCUGCGUACGAGGGAACAGCUGGGCUACCAUGUCCACUGUACCAACCACAACACUUACGGCAUCUUGGGCAUCUCGGUCACUGUCAAUACGCAAGCUAACAAGUUCAGUGUCUCCCAUGUGGACCAGAGGAUCGAGGCCUUCCUGGAGGAGUUUCUGAGGACUGUGAAGAACAUGGGGGAGGCUGAGGUGGUGGAGCUCAAGGAGACACUCACCAGCAUGAAGCAGACCAUUGACUUGACGCUUAAAGAGGAGGUCGACCGGAACUGGAGUGAGAUCAUCCAUGGGGAAUAUGUGUUUGAUCGCCUUAAGCAGCAGGUCGACUUGAUUCAGGAAAUAACGAAGGAGGGUGUCAUCGAGUGCCUCAAGGAGCUGGUGGGUGCCAAAGGGCCGGGCUACAGGAAGCUGAGUGUGCAGGUGGUGGGCGCCAGCAACCCUGAAGCCGGCUCUCCACCCUCCCUUGAUACCCUCUUAGGGCAAGGCAGCGUUCCAGAGCUCCUGGUGCCUGAGGAAGGGGAGGAGACGGGGGUGCCCAAGGAUCACUUCAUCACGGACAUCAAAGCCUUCAAGGAUAAACUCAAGCUUUACCCGCCAACCAAGAUCGUCUAGCACCUCACACACAUAUACGCACACACACACUUACAUACACACACACACACUCUCUCGUUCCUCACUUUCUCACCCUCUUUCUCUCUCUCUCUCGCUCGCUCGCCCCUUCUGUUCCCCUCCCUUUCUCUCUUUCAUACGUAAAUAGUACGUGUUUGUUAAUUUCUACUCUCGGAAAAUACCGCUCGGAGAAACUAUUAAUAAUCAGACAUUGUGAGAUUGAUAAGUAUACAGUACCCUCUCAAGUUUCGCGCUUGAUUCAUUCCGAAGGUACAGCGUUAAAAGCCUCGGUCACACAUUCACAUCUAUCUAUCUAUAUCUCUCUAAAUAUCUAUGUCUAAAUUCUCCUCCUGUUUCGUUAAAUAUGAAUUUUUUGUAUCCCUUAGAAUAGCUUUUAUACUUGUCUUAUUUAUAAUUUCAAUGUUCUCCUGUUACGUGAAAUAAGAACUUUUUUAACCCGU